UUUUGCUCCUUCCUUAUUCACUUUGGUAAAUUGCAUGAACCACAAUUCAAAGGUCAUGUUAGUGCUUCUGUUUUUUUUGUGCACAAGUUUGAUAGGUGAUGUGAAGUGUAGUUUUAAUGAAAACGAUGUUUCACAAUGGUCGAUUUUUCCGCCAUUACCGGUGGCAGUGUCGAAAACUGCUAAUACAGUGUGUAGAGAAGAAAGUGAUUUAUAUUUGGAUAAUCUAAAGAACUUCACUUUGUGGGCACAUGAAAUGUGGGACGCCACAGCGAAGUCUUCUUCAGGGAUUCUCCGAGGCAGCGUUUUUCAAAUGGGAAAUUUCGAGCAAUGUCUGUCAGCAAGGGCUCCGUUCGCCCCACAGUACUGCCUUGCUACCAUCAAAGUUGAAACUGCUUCAACCAAGUCGAGACUGGACCCUUUCUCGUUGUAUUAUAGUCCUUACGAUUCGGUACUUCAAAAAAUACAGAGAUCUGCUGAUCCCGCACAGCAGUCUAGAGAUGCCAUCAAAGUAGGGUGGUGCGUCCCCUCAUCUUGUUCGAUACGAGAUUUGGAAACAAAUCUGAACGAAUACCUAGCAGGAGUGAAGAAUAAAUUCAAACAUAAGAAUGUCACGUAUACAGCUCAUUUUUCGGAAAAAUUUUGUCAAACUGCUGCAGAAAGUAACUACUUCGAUGCCGUUGAUAUUUCCUUCUGUUUUUUAGCAGUGCUGCUGAUUACUUUGGUGAUAUUGGGUACAACAUAUGACGUCACGGUUAACAGCAGUAAAACUGAAGAGAAGCCCCUGAAAAUUUCUCGGUGUUCAAGAAUGAUGAUGGCAUUUUCAGCCAGACAAAAUUUCAAUGAACUGAACAGAGCAGAUGACUCUAAUCCAUCGUUGAGUAUACUAUAUGGCGUUAGAACUGUUUGCAUCUUGGCAAUCAUAAUGGACCACAGGUUCGGCACAUUCAUUUCAUCUGCCAUCUCGAAUUUCAACUACUUGGAGUCGCAAUACAGGUCUUCAGUUGCGUGCUUACUUUUUCAUGGAGACUUAUUUGUGGAUUCAUUCUUCUUGCUCAGUGGACUAUUAGUAGUAUAUGGGCUCUUGGGGCAAUUUGAUAAGAGGCCAAUGAAUCUUGGACUGAUUUGGUUACUGAGAUAUAUCAGGUUAACUCCGGUAUACGCGUUUGUGAUAUUUUAUUAUGCUACAAUUUUCAAUCACUCUGGGGAAGGACCACUUUGGAAAUUGAUAGCAGGAGGAGAUUCUGAAGACUGCAGAAAAAACUGGUGGACGAAUUUAUUAUACAUAAGCAACUAUGUGAAUCCAGAUCAUAUGUGCAUGACACAUUCUUGGUACCUACCCUGUGACUUCCACUAUUUCAUCAUCGCCACAGUCAUAUGUUUCCUCAUCAAAAAACAAAAACGAAUAGGACUCAGCCUGCUGCUUUUCUUCACGAUAGCUUCAAUGGUCGUCCCAUUUGCUAUCACGAUUGUUUACCAGAGACCUGGACUGAUGCACUUUUAUCCGGAAUUUUUGACUGGCCCAAAGGUUUACGUAGAUUUUCUACUGACUUACAGCAAAUCUCAUACCAGGGCAACACCUUAUUUUGUAGGGAUGUAUGCAGGAUACACCUAUUAUAAGUUGAAAGGGUGCAAUAAACAUAUCUGCAGGACCAAAUCCUUCAUCGUCGUGGUGGUCUCCCUAUGCCUCAUGCUCAUGUCCGUGUUCAGCGCCAAAGUCUUCUACGACCCCUAUCACCCCUACAACGCCGUCGAGUCGGCCAGCUACGCGGCGCUGCACAGGCUGGCCUGGGCAGCUGGCAGCUUCGGGGUUUUGUACGUGGCCAGCUUCGGGCACGCGGGCUGCAUCAGGAAGGUGCUCUGCUGGUCGCCCUGGGUGCCGCUCAGCAAGCUCGUGUACGGCGCGUACUUGUGCCACAUGACGUUCCAGCUGCGGUCGGCGGCCAAGUUCAUGAACCCGAGACAAGUGUCUUAUUUCGAUGUUAUGAGUCUCUCUUUCUCGGACAUGGUCUUAUCCUUCGUAACGGCCCUUGGACUGUUCUUGCUCAUCGAAGCUCCAUUCAGGAAAGUUUUCAGAGAACUCAUCAUGCCAUCUAGAGAGCCUCCAAGAAAAAUCACGACAACCGAUCUUCCCAGCGCAGGGGAAGAAGAAAUGAUCAACAAUAAUGUCAAUCAUGACAGCAGAUUGUAACAGACUCAUCAGACUGACAGUCGGAAGAUAUGAGGAGAGUGAAAGGACGUCAAAGAAAUCAGAGAGGAAGAUAAAAAUCCAUUCUAGUGGCACUCCUACACUGAAUGAUUUGGCACCAUAUUUGAAAACUUGACUUCUUUACAAAAGCGAAUAUAAUUAUGUGAAAUCGAAUGAAAAAUAGUUAUUUUCUGACAGGAAAGUAGUUUGUAAUGUCCAUAAUGUCAUCUCUGUUGACAGGUUAUGAAAUAUCACUUUUCAUAAAUUACUUUUUUCCGCUUUAGUUUAGAAAAAUAAGCAAUAACGCCGUCUCCGAGAAAGAACUGCAAAUCCUUUCAUCUUCCAGUCGACUUCGCGGUUACGUAAAUUACUGAACAUCCAUUGAAUUCGAAAUUUUCGAAAAUCAAAUCACAGUAUUAAUCCGACAGAUAUUUGAUUACUCCAAAACAAUGAUGAAGAUGCGUUACAGUCUGGUUCUUUGAUUUGAUUUUGAAAAAUUGCUAAUUCACUGGUUGUUUGGUAAUUUACAUGACCGCGAAGUCGAAUGGAAGAUAAAAGAACUUGCAGUUCUUUCUUGGAGACGGUGUUAUUGGCUUAGUUGUAGGAACUAUAGCACGACAAAAGCCGUCAACAGUGUAUAU